GCGCGCACGCGUUUGAGUGUGAGAGCAGAGGGAGACGAGAUUAGGAGGAGUGGAGGAGAACAGAACGGAGAGCAUUCAUGCACACAAGCUUUAAAUUGCCUUCAACACAGACACACUGAAUGCCAAACUACUAUGCAAAAUGCGAUGCUGGAACGAAAUGGGAGAGAAAUGCCCAUAGCUGUCGUUUCAGCAAUACUAAUAAUAAUAUAGUAGCCUACCUACGCGCCCUUUAUAAAAGUAAGUGAUAUCGCACAAAAGCAGGGAAACGGAACUGGAGAGAGAGCAGCGCCGAACUAUGCACUGAUGAUGAUUUCUGCCAGAAAAACUCCGGAGAAGAGUCGCUACCACCUGCAUUUUUUGGUGUGGCAUAACAAACACCGGCAGCUGGAGAAAGAGCUCUCAGCUCGCGAGCAGGUUGAUUUAGAAGUGUUGGACCCACGGGGUCGGACUCCUUUGCACCUGGCCGUGACGCUGGGCCAUUUAGAGUGCGCCCGUCUGUUAGUCCAGCAUGGAGCCGAUGUCAGCAGAGAAAACAGAAAUGGCUGGACAGUGUUGCAGGAGGCCAUCAGCUCACGUAACCCGGAGAUGGUGCGUCUGGUGCUGCGUUACCGGGACUACCAGCGCACCACCAAGCGACUGGCGGGGAUCCCACGCCUGCUGGAGAGACUCCGACAGGCACAGGACUUUUACGUGGAAAUGAAAUGGGAGUUUACAAGUUGGGUUCCUCUCGUGUCUCGUAUCUGUCCGAGUGACACAUAUCGGGUAUGGAAGAGUGGCCAGUGUUUGCGGGUGGACACAACGCUCAUGGGAUUUGAGCAAAUGACCUGGCAAAGAGGCAAUCGCAGCUUCAUAUUCAGGGGUCAAGACUCCAGCGCCAUGGUAAUGGAGGUGGAUCAUGACAGACAGCUGGUGUUUUGCGAGACGCUGCCGUGCCUCUCUUCCUCUCCCACCUCGCCCUCCACCAGGCCGUGCACAAACACUUUGCGCCUUCUGGGGGCGCUGCAGCCCAGCGACGAACAGGUGGCAGCCCGUCUAUCUGCUCCCGUGGUAGCGACGCAGCUGGAUACCAAGAACAUUUCCUUUGAGAGGAAUAAAACGGGCAUUCUUGGCUGGCGUAGUGAGAAAACGGAGGUGGUGAAUGGGUACGAAGCAAAGGUUUACUGUGCUUCUAAUGUUGAGCUGAUCACACGUACACGUACUGACCAUCUCACUGACCAGCACAAAACAAAACCCAAAGGGGGCAAGACUCCUCUGCAAUCCUUCCUGGGUAUCGCUGAACAGCACAUAGGGCCUAACAACGGACACACUAUGGUGACUCAGAUAUCAUGUCCUGCAACGAACCCUUUGGCCGUGACGGCAGAGGAGUACUUUAAUCCCAACAUGACUCAGAGAGACAUCGGCCAGCCCUGUCACCUCACCACCAAAACACAAAGGUUCAAAGCCAAGCUGUGGUUGUGUGAAUCACACCCUUUAUCUCUGUCGGAGCAGGUGGCUCCUAUCAUCGACCUCAUGGCCAUCUCCAACGCACUGUUCGCCAAGCUUAGGGACUUCAUCACCUUGCGCUUGCCUCCUGGCUUUCCCGUCAAAAUAGAAAUUCCCAUCUACCACAUCCUGAAUGCUCGCAUCACCUUUGGGAACCUAAAUGGUUGUGAAGAGGGUGGUUUGCCCCGAGUGGAUGCUGAAGGGGACGGACAGAAGGACAGCCCCAGGACAGAGACUCCAUCUCCAGGCAGUGACUCCUCCAGCAUGUCCAGUUCCAGCUCAACAAACUCGUGUCGCGGAGGAGAGAUCCCAUCUUGUGUGUUUGAGGCUCCGCGAGGGUACAGCAUUUUAGGAGGAAACCAGAGGGAGAACAUUAGAGAAGAGGAAGAUGAUCUCCUACAGUACGCCAUCCAGCAGAGCCUGAUAGAGGCAGGAUCAGAAUAUGACCAGGUGACGAUCUGGGAGGCUUUGACCAACAGUAAGCCAGGAACACACUCUCUGUCCUGUGACCCCAGCCGGCACGAAAGAACCCCACAGCACAAACCCAGCCCUGUGGAGAGCCCUCGCAGCACACCAACCAAUAAGCCACCACGCAGCUAUGACGAGCAGCUGCGUCUAGCCAUGGCACUGUCCGCCCGUGAACAGGAAGAGGCGGAGCUACGUCAAAGACGAGAGGAAGAGGAACUGCAGCGUAUAAUUCAGCUGUCACUCAUGGAGAAGUGAGGAACUGAGGGGUGGGAGAGCAUGUCUAGGGAUCUGGAACCAACUACGCUGGCCAUUCCCAAAGGCCCCACCCUCUUCUUCCAAAGAACUGGAUAAAAUGGGCUGAUCUCUUGUCCAGGUCUUGAGUGAAUCGUUCAGAAUCACAGAGAAACCUCGGUCUUCACUGCAAGUUUACAAACAAAAACUAUUAAAAUCAUGGCAAUCCACUGACUGAUCAGCACCGGUCUCGUCUCUGAACGUGUGAAUGUGCAUUUAUGACUGAGAAAGUCCACACUGCGGACCUUGGCAUUGUUUCUAAAAGCCAUCAUCUGAGCAUUUGCUGAGAGUUCUUGCAGUA